GCCGCAACAUCUGAACACCUUUCUUGUGUCGCACAAUCCCCCGCCUUCACUGUCGGCUUGCCCAGGCGUUCGGGAGGCUGCCUAGUAAUCGCCCACGGUGAUUUUCUCCAGCAUAACUUGACAACGGCUCAAUGAUGGUUGCAGCUGCUCCACGGUAGUCCGAUCUUGUGCCCCCUCCCAAUUAUCAUCUCUGCAGUCUGUACAGUCCUGCCCUGCAUCCGCCAUGGCCGCAUCCCGUCGCGGACAGCCGCCCCUUUCCGUCCGGCUGCCGCAGCCCGCCGUGGCCGUCCUGCCCGACCUCCCGCCCGUCUCCGCCCUGUUCCUGAUCGACUUCGAUGUCAAGGCUGGCUACACCAUCAUCUGGAAGCAGGCCGUGCCGGGCCUCGAGCUGGAGGGCAUUGUCGAGUACAAGAGCCUGCCGUCGGGCCUCCAUACUGUUUCCGACGACCUGAUCUACUUUGUCCACGAUGGCGGCCACGCCGGCCUCAGCGCCUUCGUCAACACGCCCACCGACGAGGAGGAGACGCGCCAUGCGCGCAUGAUCGCCGUUGGCGUGCUGGUGCCCCUCAGCUACGGCCGCCUCGGGAGAGCCUGGCGCCACGCCGAGGGACUGAAGGAUAUCGCGGCCAAGCUGGCUGCCGACAGGACGCAGACGCAGCUACUUGACGAGUACUGGGACAAGAAUGGGCUGCACGAGACGACAGCGCCGCAACCAUUGAAGGACACACCGCUCGAGUCGCCGCUGCUCAGCAUCAGGGCUAGCCGUCCCGGACUAGGGAACGGGCAUGCUAGGAAUCGCUCUGCCUCGGACGGUGCCGCCCUCAUACCGCCAGGCCACCGGCUCUCGCCCUUCCACCCUGCCUGGAGCCUUACUGCUCUGCUGGACACAUUCGGGCCCUUGAUCUUCCCAAUUCACCGUGCCGCUCUACUGCGUAAACGCAUCUUGAUCUCCUGCCAUGCCCCUGUGCACGAGGUCUGCAAUUUUGUGUAUGAUAUCUCAGUCCUGUCCAAUAUACCUCUGUCCAUUUGCGACGUGAUAGACCCCUCGACACCAGUCCAGCGCCUACGGCCGCUCUUCUGCAUCGGGGUACACGACAUAUCAUAUCUUCAAGAACAUCAAGCGGCGAUGAAGCGUGCCUAUCACAGUCAAGACCGCGACGACCCAACCACGCCCGACGACACGAGUUCUGGAUGGGUAGCGUGUACCACCGACAGCAUCCUCGCUAUGAAGGAAGACCUCUGGGACAUGCUCAUCACCAUGCCCCCGUCCUACUCCUCCAACGCCAAGCAGCGCGUCUGGCCAACAGUAGAGAUGCCCAAGGGGAUCCCCGUGAAAGCCACCCAGCGCGACCUGCGCCGCUUCCGCUCCCUCGCCCGCGGCCUCGCCCGGCUCGCAACACCACCAGCACCAGCACCACCUCGCCCUCUCCACCCCCAGUCUCCCAACCCGCGCAGCAGGCCCCGUUCGGAAGCAAGCGAUUCUCCUGUUCGAUCAACAACCCCAGCAGCAAUCCGCCUGUCCAACAAACCCUCCGGGGUUUCACGUCCAGGAACAUCUGGCAGCGUCGAAGCCAGCCGCUGCCCAACAAGAGCAACAACAACAACAACAACAACAACAACCCUCUCCCCAGUCGCCGCCGCUGCCGGCGACGACACGGAUAAGAUCGUCGAGCCGACGACCUGGGCGGCGCUCGCCUACAACGGCUUCAUGUGGUGGGCCUCGGCCGGCGAGAAGCGGCACAGCGACGAGGUCGACGAGCAGAGCCACGACGCCACGCUGCUGGCGGAUUUGGAUCUGGGUGGUGGUGUUGGUGGUGGUGGUGGUGGGCCUCGUAAUCCUUCCGGGUCGGCUGUUUUGGGAUUGUCGUCGUCGUUAUCGCCAUCAUCGCCAUCAUCGUCAUCGCCACAACAGCAGCAGCCGCUGGCGGGGCAGAGGAGGGCUAGUUUCGGCGCUGUUUACUUAGGUUCUUCUGCUGGUGCUGCUGCGGUGCGGACGGGUACGUUUGAUGGGGCCGAUGAUCAGAGGCAGCUGGAGGAGGUGAGGGUGGAGGAGGAGGGGGCGGAGGAGGAAGAGGAGACGCAGGCGCGGAUGGAGCUGGCGGUGGUGGCGUAUUUUCAUCGGCUGACGAGCGCCCUGCUGUCUGUCCUGGCGGAUAUUGUCGACUCGUCGGACGACGAUGAUUUGUUGGGCCUGGACCUGGAUGACAGUGAUAAUUAUGCUGACAACAGCGGAUUUGAUGGGCCGGGAAUGUUGAGCGGUGGCGAGGAGGAGGAGGAGGAGGAGCAGGCUAGGCUGCUGGGUGCGUCGUUGGCGGCGAGGAGUGCUGCUGGUGGUGGUAGGAGUACGAGGGGCUGGUUGAGGGUCGAUAGCGAGGCGCUGGCGGAGAUGGGACUGGAUGUCUGGAGCCAGGCGGAUGCGGAUUUCGUGAGGGAGGUAGCGGUCAGGUACUUUGGGAGGAGGGCGCAUGUCGAGACGAAGGGGGUCGAGGUGUGCGGGGUGAGGGUCUGUUAGGCGCGGACUUUUGCCCGGGAGGAGUGUUGGUGGUGAGGAGCGGGGCUUUGGAUGGUUAGCUGUAUGGCCGUGAACAUGGGCCUCGGAGUUUGGGUGUAUGGCCGUGGGCAUGUCUAGCAAGCUGCGAUGGGUAUGGCAUGUUGUAUAUCUUCGACUGGCAGAUGUAUACUAGGGAGCUUUGGACUUGCUUUGUGGUAUAGCGUUGAAGCCCAAGGUGGACUGGCAGAUGACUCUGUUACCUGCGUGUUUACGAGUCCCAGUCAUCCGUAUAUUUAGCUCCCUG